AGCAGUUGAACCCGUGUAGCGUCAGAGAAGAAGAAACACCGACCGCGUUAAACCAGGUGAUAAAGAGGACCCGUUUGUACUCCACCUGUUGGACUAUACCUGGACACGGACACUCGUGAAGACCCUGUUCCGUGUUUUAAAUCCUUCAUCUUCAUUCUUCUUCAUUCAUCUUCAUCAAUCUGUCCGACAUGCUGAAGCUGCUGUGCCUCGUGUUGAUGUUUUCAGCCUCUGUGUUCUCAGAGUCGCAGGUGAGGGAGACGGAGACGUGGAUGCCCAUGAAGACCACACAGACCGCCGCCAUGUCGACGACACACCGUGACGUCCUGGAGUCGUCUGGAGACUCGCCCAACGGCUCGGACUUCGCCUUCACAGACGACGAGGACGACAAAGACCAAUAUGACCAAGACGAUGACGAUGACUACUACCCGCUGUACGACGACGACGAGGAGGACGAGGAGGACGACUACGAGGACGAGUCCUCAGGAUCCGGUGACGGAGCAACGACCGCUUCACCUCCGAGAGAGACGAAGACGACAGCUAAGCCUGAUGUCAACAACAACAAGAUCCCCGAGGCGGAGCGCCCGGUGCGGCCGACCGUCAACGAGCUGGAGAUCGUCCAGAACAGCAACGAAAUCCCUCUGCUGAGGAACCAGGGUCAGAGCGGCGAGGAGCACCCGUCCAACGUCCUCAUGGCGCACGCCGGAGACGACAGCAUCUUCAACAAGACGGAGGUCCUCGCAGCUCUGAUCGCGGGCGGCGCCGUCGGCCUGAUGUUCGCCGUCCUCCUCAUCCUCCUCCUCAUCUACCGCAUGAAGAAGAAGGACGAGGGCAGCUACGACUUGGGGAAGAAGCCCAUCUACAAGAAAGCCCCCACCACAGAGAUCUACGCAUAGACCCCCCCCGUCCCUCACACACACACACACACCUCACCCCCUUAAAGUCCCAAUCAGUGCCUCGUCUUCCUCGUCUUCCUCGUCUUCCUCGUCUUCCUCGUCUUCCUCGUCUUCCUCGUCUUCCUCGUCUUCCUCGUCUUCCUCGUCUUCCUCGUGUCUCUGGGGGAGAAACCAGGAGAGACGACAACCCCCGACUACACAAUCAAUAGACUGACUCCGCCCCCUUAUGUCUGCCUAUUCCAUUAUUGGUGCUCUCUCAACCAAUCAGAAGCUCGUCUCUCUUCAAACUCGUACAAAGGAGCGACAGGAUUGGACGACUUCAGCUGCACAGUACACGGCGGCCAUUUUUGUUUUUGUCCCUGAACCUUCAAACUCCUCUUCAGUUGAAACACUAACACUGUGCAAAGACGGUACACAUUAACAGUCCAGUUAUUUAUUCCCCCUCCCCCCCCCUCCCCCCCU